AUGUUUAACGAGUACUUUCAUUCGGUAUACACCAGCGUCUUGGAACAACCAUCCUCAACUCAACCUAGUUCAUCUUCUUCAAUAUCAAGUAUUUCAUCAAUUGAUCUCACCCAAGAAGAAGUGUGCCAUGCUCUACAGAACUUAGACCCUUCCAAAGCUCAUGGUCCUGACGGGCUUCCUUCACGUAUUCUGAAAGAAUGUGCUCACCAAUUGGCGCCAUCACUUCAUUACCUUUUUACUAAGUCACUCAAAAUAUCCCAGGUUCCCGCGGAAUGGAAAUUAGCGAACAUUAUUCCAAUACACAAGAAAGGUAACAAGGACCACGUUGAAAAUUACCGCCCAAUCUCCUUGUUAUCCAUCGUAAGCAAAACUCUUGAACGAUGUGUACUCAACCAUAUAUCUCAUCAUAUACAAUCUAACAUUCAUUCAGCGCAGUUUGGUUUCGUAAGCGGUAGGUCGUGUGCAACACAAUUGUUAUCCAUUUUAAACACUAUUGGGGAGAACUUGGACAAGGGGUUACAAACUGACGUUGUUUUUAUGGACAUUGCGAAGGCUUUCGACACUGUUGACCACUCCAACUUGUUGCGAAAACUGCGUGAAUUUGGUUUCUCUGGUUCUGUUCUCCUCUGGUUUCAAAAUUAUUUAUCAGGACGCUUCCAGCGGGUAACUGUUCAUGGAGCUACAUCACAAUCCUUGCCUAUUACAUCUGGCGUUCCACAAGGAUCAUUAUUGAGUCCCUUCCUCUUCUCUAUUUACAUAAACGACUUACCUAACCACUUAUCCUCCUCUACUGGGGUCGGUUUGUUCGCUGAUGACACCAAACUCUAUAAAGCCGUGCAGAACCCUUCUGAUGCCUUGGUUUUACAAGAAGAUAUACGGAGUCUCCAAUCUUGGUCAGAGGAAAACAGGUUGCGUUUUAACAAUUCUAAGUGUAAAGUACUUUCUAUCACAAGGAAAUCAUCUCCGCUAAUCACUUCGUAUAGUCUUGACGGUCAACAACUGGCUUUGUCUAACACUGAAAUUGAUCUAGGCGUUGUUAUGAAUUCCAACCUAACCUGGAUCAAUCAAGUAAACAGGGUGCGAUCUAAAGCUAAUAAAAUGCUUGGAUUUAUACGACGGACUACAAUGGAAAUGCAUGACAUCGGGGCGAGGAGGUACCUUUACUUACAACUGGUCCGCAACAAUUUUGCGUAUGCGUCUCAAGUAUGGUCUCCACAAUCAAUCAAAUUAAUCGAGAAUAUCGAGAAG